AUGCCGCUCAGACGCAGCUCGCGCCCCUCCAAUCCGCCGCCCCCGACCACGAACGGCAGCUCCACCAGCGGCUCUAUCAACGGCGACGGUCUGAACAACGGCAAAAGACGCCGGCCCUCAGUUGAAGUUGUCAUAGAGAGAAAGCGGCGCCCAACUUUAUCGAAUGGCACGGCCAAGUCCAAGUACGUGGAGAGCGAUUCGGAGCCAGAAAUCAAGCCGAAAGCUGAGCUCGAUCCUGUGGCCGAUCAGCCUUUCAACAUAGGAACUUAUAGCAGCGUCGUCAAAGAGUCAGCGGCUGAUCUCGAGAUCAAGCCCAAGAAGCGAGCUGCUGCCAAAGGAAAGGGCAAGGGAAAAGCUGUCAAAGCCGAGUCGUCUGCAGAGGAUGAUGAUUUCGCCAUGGACAGUGAUGAAGAGGAGCGGCAGUUGAAGAGGGCGAUUAAAGCUUCUACUGCUAGAGCUACGAGAGGGCGAGGGAAGGCAGGUGUCAUCGCCUCUGGAAGUCGAAGCGGCCGGACUUCCACUGCUGCCUCUGGCAAAGUUACUCCCCUCUCCGACGAUGACGAUUUCACCGACCCCGAUGCGCCCCCCACCGAUCCCGAUGCCACCGAAACCGAUGAAGAUAUCCCUCUUGCCCGUGGAGCUGGAGGAAGAGGCGCUGGUGGGAGAGGUGGCCGUCAGUCCAACGGUAACGCAAAGCGUGUCAAAGGCAAGGCGACGACCAAAAAGUUCCAAGGAAAAGGUCGGAAGCUUGGAGCAGACUUCGAAGAGGAGUCGGAAGAUAAUUUCGAGUCGGACGAGGUGUCUGAAGAGUCCUUGUCGGAGCCAGAGCCAGAGGGCUUGUCGUUCAUGGAGCAAACGAAGUUUAGGAGGAGGAAAGAGGCGAGAAAGUCGGCCAAGUCGGCGGCGCCGCGAAAGAAGAAGGAGAAGGAGCUCUCCAAGAAGCUGGGGAGAAAGUUGACGAACGGUGAAAAGAAUUUGAUUGCGCUGUGCAUGUACCAUCCCGAGCUCGAGCAUGUCUGGGGUGAUCUCGAAAACAAGCUUGCACCUGUCAAGCCUACCACCAUGGAAGCUCAUCCGUCCCUCAAGCUCACUCUUCUGCCUUUUCAGAAGGAGAGUUUGUAUUGGAUGAAGCAGCAGGAGGAAGGUCCGUGGAAGGGCGGUAUGCUGGCUGAUGAGAUGGGUAUGGGAAAGACCAUCCAAACCAUCGCGCUACUCCUCUCCGAACCUCGCCGCAAACCUUCUCUAGUCGUUGCCCCCGUCGUCGCCCUCAUGCAAUGGAAGAACGAGAUCGAAACACACGCCGAAGGCUUCACCGUUUGCCUCUGGCACGGCCAAGGCCGCAUGAAAGCCUCCGACCUCCAAUCAUACGACGUCGUCCUCGUCUCUUACGGUACCCUCGAAGCGUCUUUCAGAAGACAGCAGCGCGGAUUCAAGAGAGGCGACAAGUUCAUCAAGGAAAAGUCGCCCAUGCACGAGUUUGAGUGGUUCCGGGUUGUGCUGGAUGAGGCGCACAAUAUCAAAGAGAGGUCGACGAAUGCUGCCAAGGCGGCGUUUGCUCUGAAGGCGCAGUACAAGUGGUGCUUGUCUGGUACGCCGCUGCAGAAUAGGGUUGGAGAGUUGUAUUCGCUCGUCAGGUUCUUGGGCGCGGAUCCAUUCAGCCAUUACUUCUGUAAAAAGUGCCCCUGUAAGAGUCUUCACUGGCAAUUCUCCGACAAACGAUCCUGCGACGAGUGCGGCCAUUCCCCCAUGGUCCACGUCUGUUUCUGGAACACUGAAAUCCUCACCCCCAUCGCCAAGUACGGUAUCGAACAAGGCGGACCCGGUCAUACCGCAUUCAAAAAACUCAAAAUCUUGCUGGACAGGAUGAUGCUGAGGAGGACCAAAUUAGAGAGGGCGGAUGAUUUGGGUUUACCGCCGAGGACGAUCGUGGUCAGAAGGGACUACUUUAGCCCGGAAGAGAAGGAGUUGUAUAUGAGUUUGUUCACAAACGCGAAGCGUACUUUUGCUACCUAUAUCGACCAGGGUACGGUUUUGAACAACUACUCCAAUAUCUUCUCUCUCAUUACCAGAAUGCGUCAAAUGGCUUGUCAUCCCGACUUGGUGCUUCGAUCCAAAAACAGCACUCUCGCCGAGAUCAACGAAGGUACCGUCUGUCGUCUCUGUAACGAUACCGCCGAAGAUGCCAUCAUGUCUCAGUGCAAGCACGUUUUUGACCGAGAAUGUAUCAAACAAUACCUCGAGGUCAAGCAAGCCCGUGGCCACAAGCCCGAGUGUCCUGUCUGCCAUAUUGAAAUCUCGAUUGACCUGGAGGCGGAGGCUUUGGAGUUGGACGAUGGCACAAAGAAGGCCAGGCAAGGGAUCCUGAGCAGGCUGAACCUCGACAACUGGCGAUCUUCGUCAAAGCUCGAGGCGCUAGUAGAAGAGCUCGAGAAGCUCCGAAAUCAGGAUUCGACCGUCAAGUCGCUCGUCUUUUCACAAUUCGUCUCGUUCCUCGACCUUAUCGCCUUCCGCUUGCAGCGAGCCGGGUUUAAUAUCUGCCGUCUUGAGGGUGGCAUGACACCCCAGCAACGAGAUGCUACCAUUCAGCAUUUCAUGAAAAACACUGGUGUCACCGUCUUCUUGAUCUCCUUGAAAGCUGGUGGUGUCGCCUUGAACUUGACCGAAGCUUCAAUGGUUUUCAUGAUGGACAGUUGGUGGAACCCAUCCGUCGAGUACCAGGCUAUGGACCGUAUCCACCGUCUCGGUCAAAAGCGUCCCGUCAAGGUCAUCAAACUUGUCGUGGAAGACAGUAUCGAAGAUCAGAUCGUACAGCUCCAAGCGAAGAAGUUGGCGAUGACGGAGGCGGCGCUGAGCUCGGAGGCCGACGCGGCGCUGGGCAAGCUGACUACUGAAGAUCUUUCUUUCCUCUUCAAGUUAUAG